GCAUAAACAAGUUAGCAUGAUAGUUCUGAAAGGACCUUCAAGACUCGAACAUAUAACUCCAUUGAACGAGAAACUCAAAUUCGGAAUCUAAGCAAAUUGUGCAAAAGUAGCAGAAACUCCCUCGCUUUGAAGAUUCAAACUUCGAACCCAUUGGGUGGACCCACAUAAACAUGUACUCUUUGCUUCCUCAGGUUUAAAGUGGCAUAUUAUAAAGAAUUGAUGCAGAAUGGCUGCAACCAGGGCUCGAGUUAGUAGCUUCUCUCGCAAUGUAUCAACUGCAACAUCUCAGAAUCCUGGACUUAAGCAUGGCCCUAAUGGGACUAUGUUCAUUUCAUCUGGGAUUCCAGAUUUGGACAAGAUCUUAGGUGGUGGAUUUUCUCUGGGUAGCCUUGUCAUGGUUAUGGAAGAUGCAGAAGCACCACAUCAUAUGCUUAUAUUGAGAAAUUUUAUGUCUCAAGGGCUUGUGCAAAAACAGCCACUCUUGUAUGCUAGUGCAUCUAGAGAGCCUAAAAGAUUUCUUGGUACUUUGCCUAGUCCAGCGUCACUCAAAGGAGAUAAAUCUUCAGAUCUUAGCCAUGAAAAAGAUCUAAGAAUUGCUUGGCAAUACAAGAAGUACUUUGGUGAGCCUCAGCUAAAUCUCAACACUAAUAAUGGUGGUCAGCAUGAUUAUUGUAAUGAUUUUGACUUGAGAAAGCCACUGGACCGGCAAUUUUUUAGUGGCAGCAAUGUAGAUUGUGUUAGCAUCAACGAUUCUCCAAACCUUACUGCUCUUCAAGAUCACUGUGCUGGAUUUCUAGCUAAAUUCUCAAGAAAUGAAGGCAGCAUUCCCUCUGCUGGUCGUAUUGCAAUUCAAUCAUUCUGUUCUCCACAAUGCAAGUAUUCAAAUGAGGAGUGGCAUAUGCUUUCCUUUAUUAGGUCCCUAAAGGGCAUGGUCCGGUCUUCAAACGCUGUUGUUGUUGUAACCUUUCCACCUUCACUUCUUUCUCCAUCUUGCUCAAAAAGAUUGCAGCAUAUGGCAGACACCUUGCUUUCUGUCAAAGCCAUUCCAGAUGAAGACAAGGAACUGGCAAAACUCCUCACUGGUUACCAGGAUAUGAUUGGGCUUUUAAAUGUACACAAAGUUGCACGGUUAAAUACACAGGUUCCUGUGAUUCUGGAGGCCACAACAUUCUCACUAAAAUUACACAAACGGAGGUUUUUGGUUUUAGAAUGUCUAAAUCAAGCCCCAGUUGACGGUUCAAGUGGGAGCUCAUAUGGCACAUCUGGUGGUUGUUCUGGGUCAACUAAAACUGGACCACUUGAUUUUUAGAUUAUACCUUAUUUAUAACUGAAGAUUUAGCAAUAGUGAGUCAAGCUCGAUAUUUUUCUUAGUGCUUGAAAUGCAGUCUUCUAAAUUUUGUUACCCCUUUGUCCUUUUGAUAAUCAACUGGUUUCACUAUUGGUUCAUCUGCAAUGUACAGAUAUUUUCUUUAAAAGACAGUGUAACAGUGAGACCCUCGGCAUGGAAGGAGUUAUACCUUCCGGUUAUGCCAAAAAAAAAAAAAAGAAAAAAAAGACGAGAUCCUGAAGAAUUUUGUCUGGUUGCACAACCAUGUGACACAUAACACUAAAGGACAAUUUAACAUUUGUAGUUCAGGGUUGUCGUGCCAUGGUGAAUGGGAAUCUGGACUACCUGGUAUUAAGUUUCCAUAUAAGGUGUAUGUGUAUAUGAUCCACUGGAUAAAUCCUUAUAUUUGGUGCAAUUUGACGAGUUGGCCACACUCAAUUGUACACAUGCCCAUGUAUACAUGUGCAAUAAGUAUUAUCUGA